AUGGGAUCAAGUAAGAAACACAAAAAGCACAAAAAAGACAAAUAUGAAGAUAAAGGCUUGAUUGGUGAAAAGCCUCCUGCAUUAAAACUUAUUUUAAAAGUUGGAAGCUCAUCUACUCCAGAGCACAGUGAUUCACCUGGACCUCAUAUUCAAACUUCCAGUUACACAGUCACACCAGAUGAUGAGUCUCUUCAGUCUUCAUCCUCAUUCCAUAAAAAGUCAAAAAAGAAAAAAAAGAAGAAAGAUAGGGACCAUGACAGACAUGAAAGGAAAAAAAGACACCACCAUAAAGAAAAACGAAAACAUAAUUAUGAUGAAUCCAGUCAAGACAACAUUAGUCUAAUUGAGGAAUCUUCAACAGAAACUCCAGCUCAGUUGAAAGAUACGGUUGUGAAGAACAUAGAAGAUGCACCAUCUCCUGACUCAGCUGUUAACAGGGAGGCUCGUCUUUGUGUCCAGUUACUUCGUCAAAAACAAAAUAGAACACCUUUACAAAGGGUUCUUGAUUAUUUACAACAACAGCUAGAAAAAAAAGAUGUUAAACAAGUUUUUGCCUGGCCUGUUACUGAUCAAAUUGCUCCAGGUUAUUCGCAAACUAUUACCCAACCAAUGGAUUUCUCUACUAUGCGUCAAAAAAUUGAUGAUAAUGCUUACAGUAACUUGAAUGCAUAUAUUAGUGAUCUACGCUUAAUGUGCAACAAUGCUAUGAUUUAUAACAGACCUGAUACAAUGUACUAUAAAGCUGCAAAAAGGUUAUUACAUGCUGGCCUGAAAUUUUUAAGCUGUGAGAAGUUACGUCAGUUAGCCAUAACAUUUCCAAUAAUAAAUCAAGUACCCUCUGAACAACUUGGUUUUGUAACAGGAUCAGGAAAUGUAAUCGAUGAUCAAGAAACUAAUAGUAAUGACAUUCUGGAGGACAAUGACAAAAAAGAGAACUCUGACUCACCUUCACCCAAAAGGCGACAUUGUAACUUCGUUAUGGAAAAUAAAUUUGAAGCUAUUCCUGAUGAUCUUUCUGCUGAGGAAAUUUUAGAAAUUGCUCAGAAAUCUGCUAAAGCUUCAGCUGAAAAACUAUCUCUGAAGAGGCCAAAAACUACUAUGGGAUUUUUGAGACAAAAGCAAGAUGGGAGUACAUCUCUUGCCAUUUUUAUUCCUGGUAAUGGUUUGGACUCAGAGCAACCUCAAGAACGGCCUGUUUCUCUGGGACAACUCAUUGGUAAAUUGAACCAUGGGACUGGACAACUUCAAGGAUUCCGUGAAGAUAGACGAAAUAUAGCAAAAACAGUAAAGCCUCUUAAUUAUGGUGCUUUUGGUUCUUAUGCUCCAUCAUAUGAUUCUACGUUUGCUAAUCUGUCAAAAGAAGAAACAGAUUUAAUUUAUGAAACUUAUGGAGAUGAAAAUGCUACCAUUUAUGCUGAAAGUGUCCUGAACUUUGCACGAGACUGUGAUUAUACAUUAACAAUGGUUGAUAACCUUUUAGAUCUCCUAACAGGCGGAGAGCAUAGGAAAGCCAAAAAUAUCAUUGAUGAGCAUAGAAGAUUUCGUGAAGAGGAAGAAAGAGUGAGGGAACUAAUGGACAUAAAAUCUCAUUCUCACAUCCCAACUUCCUCUUCUAAGUCUGAUAUAUCAAAUCUGAAAGUUGAGUUUGAACAGUUGAAAACACUGUCAGAGUUUGGUAUCGACACAUCGUUUCUUAAUGAAUUCGAAGGAAUGAAAGAUAAUACUGUUGUUCAAGAAAAAUUAGAACAUACUACAGCACUUCUUGAAAAACUACAACAAGUUCAAAAUGACAGGCUUUCAACAGCUCCGCCUCCACACUUGAGUCAAAUUUUACCUCCAUCUGAAACAGAACUUCAUCUUGCAGAGAAAAUAACAGAAAGUUUGACAGAAUUGGCUAAACAAGUACCUCCAGGAGCCAUAAUUCCUGUUCCUGCAAUUAGAAAGGCAAUGGGAAUAGUUCCUGAAACAACCCUUGUAUCUACAGCCACUAAUACAGUUUUACCUAUGAAUAAUUCCGUUGAUGGUGUUGUAUCAUUAGAAGGAGGUGAGAGUAGUGGUGAAGAAGAGCCAUGUGUUGGGGUUGGAGUUGAUUUUGAAUCUGAAUUGAGGGAAUUCUUAGAAAGUGAUACUGCACUUUCUGGAUUUCCCUUACAUGAUGACAAAACUAUUGAAGAAAUGUUAUCUGAAUCUUGA